AUGUUUGAGAAGAACGAAUUGAAGCCGACGUUCGAUGACGUUAUGGGUUGCCAGUCGGCGUGCUAUGAGUGGGCAGACAGCUACGAUAGCAAGGACUGGGACCGUCUUAGCAAAUGCAUCGCCCCAACAUUGAAGAUCGACUACCGAUCCUUCCUCGACAAGAUCUGGGAAGCCAUGCCUGCAGACGAGUUCGUCGCCAUGGCCUCGGACCCCAACGUACUAGGCAACCCUCUCCUCAAGACACAGCACUUCAUCGGCGGCACGCGGUGGGAGAAGACUGCAGAGGACGAGAUUACCGGGUACCACCAGCUCCGUGUGCCCCAUCAGAGGUACACCGAUGAGUCCCGCACCAAGGUUGCCGUCAAGGGCCAUGCCCACAGCUUCAACACGCACUGGUACAAGAAGAUCGACGGCGAGUGGAAGUUUGCUGGACUGAACCCGGAUAUCAGAUGGUUCGAGUACGACUUCGACAAGGUGUUCGCCGAGGGCCGUGAGCAGCUGGGUGAGGCCAAGGCUGCUGCUGGCAUCCCAGAGAAGGUCCCUGGCCAGGCGAUGUAG